GUGGCUACAACUGAAACUUAAAAUGCUAAUUGACGUCCACGGUUGUUGUCAUUAAAGCGCUUUAUAGCCAGUAACACUGGCUGUAAUGUUUUGACACUAACAUUACUUUCAAAUACUGUCUACUGCCGCUACAAGGAACAGAGUGCCUGUCUUUUCUCGGACCAAACUGACCUCCCUGUGAUGCUACCUCAGUUAGCCACAUAACCAACAUGGCAGAAGUUCCUCCUCCCGGAUCAGUCGUAGUAGCUGACUGGCAUCGAUGUAAAGACAGCAAAGAAUAUUUCAGCAAGAUCCUACACAAGAAAAGACGCAAGAACUUUGGCCUGUUGGAAUCUCCAGUGAUGCCCCCACAUGUAGCUGUGGACACAGUUCAUUAUAAGAUCUUCAUCUCUGGCAAGAGUGGAGUUGGGAAAACUGCUCUUGCUGCACGUCUCGCCGGCUUGAAUGUUCCUAAUGUGCACUAUGAAACAACAGGUAUUGAGACAAGAGUGGUGUAUUGGCCGGUAAAGCUGAGAGAGAGUAGCAGAGUGCUUUUCUUUCGUCUACAGCUGUGGGACUGUGGAGAGAACGCCCUUCGUAGAUUUGACCAUCUGCUGCCAUCCUGCAAGGAGCAGGUGGAUGCUGUCCUUUUCCUGUUCUCCUUCACUGACAGGACGUCCUUUGAUGAUCUGUCAAAUCAAAUUGCCAAGUGGACCGGGACACCUGUGGGCCGAGUUGUGAAACUGGUGGUUGGCACCAAAUUUGAUCUCUUCAUGCACUGUGACGUGGCAGAGAGAGACGUGAGGGACUUCCAGGAGACAUGGAGUUUACCGCUGCUGCGAAUGGGAGGGGAGGUCAGUGAUGGGCUGGGUGACGUAGCCCCGCUCCUCAACUGCCUGGCAGAGCAGCUGUGGCAUCAGGACUGUGUUACAGCUGGAUCCGCCAGGCACCAUUCACAGCAGGAGAAAGAGACUGUAAUUUAACACUAAGCAUGAUUUUAAGGAGAUCGGAGGUGAACUGGACUCCACGUAGUGUCAACCCUGACUGUCUUCCUUUGAGGGCCUGCACUUAGCAGCUGGUCUGGGAGAGCCUCAGAUCCCUCAGGAUGAGACGAGGAAGCUGCUGUAGAGAUGAAUGGACUGAUCUGAAAGGUCUUAAAAUUGGCCCAUCUUAUUGUCAACAUCAUGAUAUAAGACCAGAUGUUGUCUGGGAUUAAUUGCGGCAUUAAUGUGAUAAAGUUGGAAUGCUAUUACUGCCCGGUCUUAAAGAUUGGGAGAUAUUCAGCAGUCGUUAGCAUAGUUUAGUUGGGAGAAAUGAACACAAAGUGCCUCUUGUUUUAUCAUCAUGUUUUGUUUUGUCCACCAGUACUCAAAAAAAGUUGUUCAUUUAGGAGUUAGAAUAUUGUCAAAAUAAUUCCUAUUAGCAUCUUUAUUUGGUAUAGACAUUUCUGUUGCAUCAGGCUGAUAUAAGGUCAGAAAAUCUUUUUAUUUUUCAUUAAUUAGGAAAUAAAAAAGGUCAGUAUUUGAUACA